AUGAUCGGGGCGCCGUGCCAGGGGCGCGAGGCGGUGCCGCGGACCUCUGGCGGCGGCGGCGGGCGGGUCGGCGCGGCGCCGUGCCUGGGCGAGGGCGCUGGCCAGGUCGAGCCUUCGGUGCCGCUGCCCAGGUUCCUGCUGAACCCGGGCUCCUUCCGAGCGGCCUCGAAGCAGCCGCAGCGUGGCGGCGCCUGGUCCACCGAGGCGGAGCCGCGCUCCACGCCCUGCCCGGGGAGGUCCACGCACCGGGCCUGGGAGGUGCCCGCGGUUCCCGGAUCCUGUGAAUCGAGCGGCAUUGGGCCGGCGGAUCCAGAGGCAGUGUGGGAUGGGGUCACCACCGUCAUGAUCAAGAACAUCCCGAGCCGGUGCCACCAGGAUGAGGUUCUCGAGGCCAUCGCCCAAUUCGGCUUCGGCAGCAGGUACACCUUUUUCUACCUGCCGACGAAGACGGGGAAGAUGUUGAACUACGGGUACGCGUUCGUCAGCCUGCCGACGGAGCAGGACGUCACCGAGUUCCGCCGCUCGUUGGACGGCUUCCAGUUCGCCAGGCGCAAGAGCUCGAAGGCCGUAGCCCUGGCACCCGCCAAGAUCCAGGGCUUCCACGACAACAUGGAGCACUUCCUGGGGUCCCGAGUCCUGGACGGCGAGCACCCCCCUAUUUUCCGCCUGGCUUUAUGA